GGAUACUGGUCUAAAGUUGCAACCGACAGUGGGGGGCGUUGAGCAUGGCGCAACACCAAACGCCUGAAAUGCGGCGCUCUGACUGGUGCAACGCCUCCAGGCUAGAGACGAACUCCCAGGCAUUUCCUGCGGACCGAUCUGCCCCUCCGUUGAUGGCCCCAGCCAGAAGCACAUGUCAGAAAACACCGCAAGCUCCGGGGGGUGUGCCAAAGGCAAUUUCCGUACAUGUUUCGUCGAAUCUCAACUUGCAAAGUAUGGGGACGCGGGAUGGGAGGUUUCAUUCGUCGUCGUACAUGGGCGGCGCCGAUGCGCGGAGGCAAAGGCCCCUCCAGCCUGCAAUUCUCGUCUCACUGAUGUCAGUUCCAAGCUGUCUUGAAGUGGAAGACGCCGCACUAGUCUCGGGGUCCUGACAUGGGCUCUGCCUGGAUGAGGCCUUACUUUUCCAUACUAGACCAGUAGUUCAAGCGCAGGCAUGGAGGUUUGUACGAGUACGGCCUGCGCAAGCCUGUAUUGCCGUGUUGGUUGACGAAACACGCAUCUGAUGGAUCUCCGGCAAGGCACGUCAUCCCUCCCACCUCUGCAAGAGGGAGACGACCCUCGGUUGUAACAGCGAGCCAAUUGCUCAGCAUCUAUUUCGUUUGUCAGACCCGGUCCUCUCCGACCAAAAGGCG